AUCCAGGUUUGACGCUCGUGGCACGAGCCAUCCACAGUUUUGCAACGGAAAUCUUCAUUCCAUGAGGAGCGUAAUCCGAAUCCGGGCAAAAAUCGUCGACCAUGUGGAGAAAACCGGAAGGAGACUUCGAAGUUGUCGAGACACCAAAAUAUGAGCGAACUGGCACCUGGCGAUUCAUACUGGCAGGAUUGUUCGCCGCGAAUCUCUUCCUUCUGCAUGCAAUGCGAUUGACUCUGUCUGUUUCAAUCACCGCGAUGGUCAAUUCGACCAGCUCAGACCCCGAAUCCCUUCUGAACGCCACCUGCAGAAGUCCGCAUCUCAUUAACACGAGUCUCGCUAACACGAGUACGACAGAACCUGUCGUGGAGAGGAACGGCGAAUUCAACUGGAGUAAGGAAGAGCAGUCCAGGGUCACUUACGCGUUCUUCGCCGGAUAUAUGAUUUCUCAAGUUCCCGGAGGCUAUAUCGCCCAAACGUAUUCAUUCUCAUGGACAGUCGGUGUGGGCGUAGCAUUCACGUCUAUCCUGACGUGUUUGACUUCCUUCGCGGCACGUUUGAGUCUGUACGCUCUUCUCGCGCUUCGAUUCCUUGAGGGCAUCGGUGAGGGAGUCAUCACACCGUGUAUUUUCGUGUUCGUCACAAAAUGGGUCCCGAUCGAAGAGCAAGGAUUUCUGCUGAACUUGGUCGCAUCUGGAAGCACAUUGGCAAUGGUUUCGACCAUGCCUCUCUCGGCGAUGCUCUGCGCCUCGGAUCUGGGGUGGCCGUCCGCGUUCUAUAUCUUUGGAUUCGGCGGGAUCGUCUCCUGUAUUCUCUGGUUGAUAAAUGCCGCUGAUGGACCUGAACAUCAUCGCUGGAUCUCGCGGGAAGAGCGAGACUACAUCAUGGAGUACAGACCUCCGUCGACGAAGAGGUCUCCGAAAUUUGUUCCCUGGCGACGGAUGCUCCUGUCCCCUGUGGUCAUCCUCCUCAGCAUCCAGAGCCUCGCUAAAUGUUUGAACUUCUACACUAUACUCACGGAGCUCCCAAGUUAUCUGAAGUACAUGUUCGGCAUCUACAUCGUCGAGGACGGUCUAAUCAAUGGUGGCAUUCACCUGGGGACCGCAAGCUCCCUGGUCUUCUGCGGCUGGGCCGCGGACAAAAUCAUCAAAGAAAGGAUCCUUCCGAAGAGCGUCGUCCGGAGGACCUGCAUUGCCGUCAGCGGUUUCAUUCCCGCUCUUUGCUUGGCGACCAUACCGUUCGUCGGCUGCAACUACGAGGUCAUUCUAGCCUUGAUCUUAUUGAAUUGUAUCUGCUUCGGCUUCUCCGGCGGUGGGGACUCUCUGCUGGCCCUCGACCUUGCCCCUAAAUUUGCCGGAACGCUCCAGGGGAUCGUGGGCACUGUAUCUCACUCCUCGGGCGUGAUAGCACCUAUGUUCGUCGGAAUAAUGACGAACGAUCAAGAUAGCCUCCUUCAAUGGAACCUCAUUUUCGGCAGUCUAGCCGUCAUUGGUGCUGUAUGGACCGCCCUAUUCCUUACGUUCGGGUCGACAGAAGAACAGGAGUGGGCUAGAGACGAACACGAAGCAAAAGACGAUAUAACAACUCUCUGUGAUGAAUGAUUCGAUAUCGAAGAAAGAUUGUCUGCCCUCCUGUAUCCUCUGUGCGUGGGGAUGCAGGGUUCGAAGACAUCCAAGGGAA